CGAAAAUUACUCUUGCUUCUGCUAUGUUAUUACUUCGUGAGAUAAACGCACCCGUCUCACUCGCUUGGUGCCGCUCGCAGGUGCCGCCACCAUUUCUGGGUUUGAUUUGAUUUCGGGAAAGAAAUGGAGUUUGUUAACCGAAUAGCGGACAUAGCUGCGAGAGCUGCAAACAACAACAAAUUGAUCAACGUUUGUCUGGUUGCUUCAUUUGGAAUCCUUGCGGUAAGAUCUAUGAAUCAACAAUGGACCAUUGAAGCUCUUGAGGCUGAGAAGGAAUCUCUAGCCAAAUCCAACAAGUCCAUUAGAAGGACCAUUUGGAACUGGAAGCAGCAGCUUUAUGCUGAAGCCUCUACUGAUUCUUCGGUGGUUCCUCUGGCAAGGCUCAGAGCCAUAUAUGGUGAUGCGCCGCUUCCUCCACAUGCCGGACCAGGAGAUACUGUGACGAAAGAUGCAUAGUCAUCCGGUACGACCAAAAUAAUGGCCUGACACUUGUUUAGUAUCAGCACUUUCAAAAGUUUUUGGCCUUGGAAAGAUGCUAAUGAAUGUUUUUCAAGAGAACAAAAAGGUAUAAUCGUUUGGUAAUUUGUUGUUCUAUUAGCAUGUAAAUCUUGAACUUGGAAGAAGUUAGAAAGGGUGAAAAAAUAAUGAUUGUAAGGACAAAAACACUCUUAUUUUUGUUACACAUGAUAUCCAUCAAACAAUUUUGGGGGCAGAUGAGAACUAAAUACAGUUUUGGUAGUGGAUAAGGUGCAGUCUUCAAAUAGUGUUCCAUCAAACUUGUCUGGUUGACUGCCAUGAUGCGUAUAAUGGACGACUUCUCGUGAGCAAAAACCUUGCUUCAUUCUAUCGCCUGUGACUUGUAAAUUUUACUUGAGACCGUUAUAAUAUACGAUUUUCGUUCAUGCUUUCA